AUGAAUUAUAUCAAAGGUACUCCAGCUUAUUGGAAGCGAUUCCAACUUGAAGUGUUAGCUAUGAUCCGGCAGCUUGGCUGUCCAACUUUCUUUUUGACUUUGUCUUUUGCGGAUUUGCAUUGGAAAGAAUUGAUCUCAAUAAUUUCUGAACUCAAUGAUUUGAAUCUCACGGAAGAAUUUAUAUCUAAUUUAAGUUAUUUUGAAAGAAGUAAAAUUCUAAACAGCAACCCUGUGCUUUUAGCUCGACACUUUCAGUACAGAAUUGAAGUAUUGUUUGCAGAAAUCAUAAUGAUUCCAACUGGUCCACUUGGCAAAGUCUUAUACUAUGCGCUGAGAGUCGAAUUCCAGUUCAGGGGUUCUCCGCACAUACAUUCUUUUUUAUGGAUUUUAAAUCCACCAAAAUUAGAUCCAAAUAAUAUUACUGAAUAUAUUGAAUUUUUGGAUGCUGUGAUCCAAGCUUAUAUCCCUGACGAAGAACAUUUUCCAGAUUUGAAUUGUCUAAUAAGGAAAUACCAGAUUCAUCAGCAUUCAAAAUCCUGCCGAAAAUAUAAAAACAUUCCGUGUCGUUAUUUUUUUGGAAAGUAUUUUUCAGAAAAAACUAUUGUUGCGAAACCGUUGCCAGAGGAUAUGGAAAUGAUUCAAAAAACUGAAAUACUAGAAAGAAGAAAUUCUAUCCUUACGAAAGUGAAAAAUUUUAUAGAUGAGUACUUGAAUCCGAACAAGUCUGAAUUUAUAAAUAAUGCAACUAUUUCUGAUAUACUUGAAAGGAUUGGUGUAAAUGAGGAGCAAUAUUAUGAAGCUUUGAACAUUUCACCAACAGAUGACUAUGAAAUUCACAUGAAAAGGCCACCACAUUCCUGUUUCGUUAAUAACUAUAAUCCCACCAUUCUUAAAGCGUGGCAAGCAAAUAUGGACUUACAACCUGUGCACAAUUACUAUAAAGCAGUAUCAUAUAUGUGUGCGUAUUUCUCUAAAAGUGAAUCUGAAUCUUCCAGUGCAUUGAAACAAGCUUCUCAAGAAAUUAAAGAUCAGAAGCUUGGUGUCAAGCAAGCAAUGUACAGAAUUGCAUCUGCUUUUUCAUGUUCUCGACAAGUAUCUGUUCAAGAAGUAGUUUACCUCUGUUUGCCUUCAGACCGUAUCAGAAUAUAUAAAUCAGAGGAAGAAAUAAAAGAGCUUAGUUCCGAUAGUACUGAUGUAUUUAAGCGAAGUUUGUGUGAUAGAUACAUUGACAGGCCAAAUACCACUUUUUGCAAAGGGAGAUAUGCACAAGUUGAUUCCAUGUGUCUUGCAUUGUUUGCAGCAUACUACUAUGUUGAUUACAAAAUUGAUGAAAAUGAUUCACAACCAGACAUCCUUACUGAGGAUGCUAGUCAACUUAACCAUGACUGUCAUGUACAACUUCCACCUAAAAUCACACUCAUGUCAUCGAAAGACACAAUGAAAUGUCGUAAAAUUAGACAAGUUUUGAGAUACCAUAUUCCAAAUGAAAAGUUAUUCCCCGAAAAGUAUGCACAUCACCUGCUAUAUAUGUUUUACCGUUUUAGAAGUGAAAAUGAAUUAAUGCUGGAUAAUAGCUAUUGUAGCAAGUUAGCCUCUCCGGGUAUUCUCGCUAUUGUUGAACAAAGUAGACUGACUUUUGAACCAGAUAAAGAAAAAAUCGACUCUGCAAUGUACAAGGUUAUAUCAGAAAUAAAUGACUUGCAAAGUACCCAGAAUGACAUUCCUGACAAUUCUACCUGUCAAAAUGAUGAGGAAGACAUGCCGUUGUCUGUGAAUCAACUUUUUGAUAUUAGUUUAAUAACCUCUCAAGCUGCCAAUGUCAGUGAUGAACACUUGUAUUUCAUGAUUCAUUCCCUGAACUCAUUGCAACACAAGGUUUUCCUGGAAAGUUAUUCGUGGGAUAAACAAUUUGUGAAAAAUAAAUUAGCCAUGAAAAAUGUUAAAAUUGAAUCAGUUCGAUUGUUCAUCACAGGUGGAGCUGGUACAGGAAAGUCACAUUUGGCCCGCACAAUUCAUCAAGCAUGGGAAAAACUCUUUAACAUAGUCUCUAAUGAUAUUGAGAAGAUCAAAGUUUUACUCAUAGCUCCAACAGGUGUUGCAGCAAUUAAUAUCAAUGGCACAACAAUAAAUUCUGCCUUAGGCAUUCCACCAUGCCAGUCAAUUACAUUACCGAAACUAUCUGCUCUUAAAAAAUCCACCCUACGUAACAAAUAUUCACAAUUAUUUGCUGUAAUAAUUGAUGAAAUUUCAAUGGUGUCCAAUAUACGACUGCUACAAAUUCAUCAAGGUCUUUGUGAGAUAUUUGCAUGUCCUGUUCAUAUCCCAUUUGCGAACCUUAGUGUAAUUGUUGUCGGUGACCUGCUCCAACUGCCACCAAUUCGUCAACCUUUUGUUUUUAUGCCAUUUAAAAAUGAGUUCUUGAAUUUGUGUCAUCCAUGGAAACAAUUUCCUUGUUGCGAGUUGAAUGAAUGCAUGAGACAGCAAGGUGAUACAAAACUAAUUGAUUUGCUCAACAGUAUAGGCAUUGGUUCAACCGAUGAUGAUCACAUUGAGUUACUUAAAUCACGGUCAGUAGAAAACCUAGCAAUACCGGACGAUGCAGUGUAUUUAUUUGCUGAAAAUGCACCGAAAGAUGAAGUCAAUCAACAAAAGUUGGAUCUUCUCCCAUCUUUAGAAAUAACAAUAAUAGCACAUGACAAACUUCCUAACCAUGUUUCUGAAGAUAAGAUUGACAGAGCACUCAAUUGUUCCACAAGCGAAGCUGGUGGGUUGUCAAGGUAUUUGAAGGUGAAAAGUCAUGCCAGAGUAAUGUUAACAACUAACAUUGAUAUAGAAGAUCGUCUUAUCAACGGUCAAAUUGGAAUGAUUGUUGAUUUCAAAUACUCUAUCGCCAAUAACGUUGACAUAAUAUUUGUUAAAUUUGAUGAUCCUUUAGCAGGACUGAAAAAAAGACGCAAAAAUGUUUUUGCUCUACAGAAUGGUUUAGUACCCAUUAUUAGAACUGAAGCAAAAAUUCCAAUUAAUAAAAACUUUUCAAGUUGUAUACUCCGCUCACAAUUUCCAUUAACUUUGGCUUAUAGCUGUACCAUUCACAAAGUCCAGGGUUUGACUUUACCAAAUAUUGUAUUCUCCUUCCAGUUGCAUAAGCAAAGAUCGUUCAAUAAAGGCCAAGUAUAUGUUGCUCUCAGUCGCGUCCGCAAGCUGGACAAUAUUUUCCUAACCGGAACAAUUUCACAAAAUGCAAUCAAGACUGAUCUCACCACAUUAGCAGAAUAUGAACGUCUUUGCACGGACGCCAACUUUUUUACAAAAUGUGUCUUCACCAAUAAAUUAUAUAAUAUACAAAUCUCCGUUCUUAAUGUUAGAUCAUUGCGAAAACAUUCUAAAGAUAUUGCCCAGGAUCCCUGUCUUUCAUCAUCUGAUGUCAUUUGCUUGACAGAGACACAACUUACUUCUGAUGACUCUCUUUGUCCAAUCCAACAAACGUUUCCUCAAUACUCUCUCACAGUUUGCAAUUCUGAACACAAAUAUUCCAGUCUAGCGAUGCUUUUCAAGUCAGAUACGAUCAAAAUGACCUCUGAAUUUAAGUUAGAUGGUUUUCAUUUUACAGAAAUUAACAAACCCGCCUUGAAUUUGUCACUGACAAUACUUUUAGUGUAUAAAAAAGUCUCCCAGCCUAUCAAUGGUUUUCUGAGAGCUAUUACUUAUUUGAUUCAGUCUCGUAAACCAGAUAUAAUCAGUGGAGACUUCAAUAUUAAUAUUCUUGAAGAUGGAAACAGUUAUUUCCUUGAACAGUUGGCCAAUCUUGGAUAUACUCAGCAAAUAACAAAUCCAACACACAUUUGUGGGUCAUUGCUUGACCAUCUCUAUAUCAAAAAACAAUUUCUUGAUGAAAGAAUGAUUGAUUCACAUAUUUAUAGUCUGUACUUUUCUGUUCAUGAUGCUACUGUUUUACAAUUUUGA